GCGAAGUAUUAAGUAAACGCUCGCACGCAGCACAGAACAGUUGCGUUUGGAACGCGUGAGAGUUAAGAACGUUCGUCAGUCGCGCUUCUGCUUUUGUGCUUGCAUAACUUAAUAUUGAACAGUAAAAGGUUGAACUCGGGAAAAGUUUACAAUUUUUUGCCCUGAAAAACAAAACAAGUAGCAAAGUGUCAACGGAAAAGUUAUGCGCUGUGUGCUUUUAAUUUUCGUGGUCGUUGUCAGUACGGCAGCGGGUCACCGAUAUGGCAAUUUACCAACGUCCGCCAGUUAUGCAUUGCCCGCUAGUGUCACUAGUGCCGCUGCUGCAUCGCGUGCCAGUAGUGUUGGCACAACAACAGCAACAAGCCCUAGCUCCAUAAAAGAAUCGCCAACAACAAUCGCCACCGCUGAGUCAAUCGGCAUAGCGGAGAGCGCAGCUGCAGGUGAAAGCGGUGCCAUUACCACCACACAAGCCGCACCAACUACGAUUCCGGCUGCGGCCCCAGCUUCCAGCACGGCAAAGGUUGAGGAAGCAGUCAGUGAAACUCUAACCGAGCUGCCCAUUGCCUCACCACCGAUAGCGCUUUUGCCACCCGACAGCGAUACGGAUACACCACAACGACGUGUGAUAACCUACGAUCAGCGUCAGGAGGGUCAGUAUAACAUACGUGCCGAUUUGGAGAAUUUCAUGAUCGUACUCAUACCACCAUCGCCAUCUGAGGGUCUCGACUUACUUGAUUUGCUCUCGUCGGUGCGCCGCAGUUCGUUGCGUUCGAAAUCGAAACGCAAACAUUUCACAAAUGGCGCAGGCAAUACAAAAUAUCGUCACCCAUUGAAGUCAUCGGCGACUUUGCCGGCGAGUUUGCAAUAUGUGGGACGUCAGCCAUCACCAAACCCAUUAGAUGGCUCGCGUGGUUACCUCACUGCACCGCAAUUCGCACCAUCUCCCUUUGAUGCCUUCAUCGGUUCGCAUGUUUCUCCGUCAUCAGUUCUUUCCACUUUGGGUGCCUCUUCAAAUCGUCUUUCGGAUUUCAUUGAGGGUCGCACCACGUCCCGUUUUGAUAUCGCCGCUAAUGAAGAUAAUGCAGAUUUACAGCCGGAUCGCCCAGUGGAUGUAUUGCCGCCACCAUAUCCACUUGCCUAUCAGCACCUCAUCAAACCCUAUCAUCUGGAAGCCGAGCCCACAGUCAUACAAGCUUUGCCACCGCCAGAGCUGAAUAGCGCACCAGCGCGUAUUUCCGGCAACUAUCUGGAUAGCUAUAAUCAACUGCUGGCACCUGGUCUCUCGGCUGGCCAUAACGCCGCUGCUGGCGAUGUCGCUACGAUUUCCACCACCACAACCACCGCCACGGCCAUACCCAACGACAAUGGCGCUGGUUAUUACCGCAUUUCGCGUGCCAUACGCGGCGACAGUUUUCUUGACUCGAAUCGCGUGAACUCACCGAAUAGCAUACAUCAUGGCAGUAUAGAUCUGCAGCCACUUUAUCGCGCGGAUCACUCACUAGGCGCCACUUACCUGUAUCCGCCGAUCGAUACGCCACGUCUCUACUUCAAUCCGGAGUCGAGCGGCAAAAACUACGAGGCGCCACACGAUGCCGUUGAUCGCUCACAGAUUCUGGACGACGUAGAGGAUAAUGCACGUGUGGGAGAGUUGUAUGUGCCGCCGCGUGAAUUGAAAGACGACAUUGAGUGGGAGCAGUUCUUCGACACAAUGGUCAAGGAGGCAAACGAUUCACUCUGCAUGCCCGGACAGCGUCGCGACAGCUACGGCAUUUGUCGCCAAGUGGAGGGCUACUGAGUAUCAAGACUGCACUGAACUGCUUACUAUUUUCAUAAGUAAUAAAUUAAUAGAAUUAGUGAAAUUGGACGAAAGUCGAAUUGCAAGUAUCUUUUAAGUAUCUUAGUUGAGAAUAAAAAGUUUUUUUAUGUCUUUUAAGUGAAUAAUUGCUAUACUCUAAGCACAGACAGACACUAUACUAUAACGAAUUCAUAAACGAUUGAAACAAUUUAUAUUUAUGCCUUUAGUGCAAAGUAUUAAUAAAUAUUUUGAAUUAUCAAGA